AUGUUCUCAUUCCUCAACGACCAAGAAUACUUUUUCGAUUAUCGAGCAAACCAUGCAACCAAUGAGCUCGAAGAUUUGUUCUUCGCACAUCCUGGCUCGCUAGAUCGAUUGCGUGCAUUCCCACAUGUAUUAUUGAUGGAUGCGACAUAUCAGACCAACAGGUAUGGGUUGCCUCUCCUUGAAAUUGUUGGUGUUACCUCAACUAGUCAGACUUUUUGCAUAGCGUUCGUAUAUUUACACUCGGAAAAAGAGCCCAGUUAUACUUGGGCUUUGGAAUGUUUGCAAUCUGUAAUGCAUGGAUGCACUAGCUCACGAGUUAUCGUUACGGAUAGAGAGUUGGAGCUGAUGAAAGCCUGUGCUCAUGUAUUUCCCGAGGAUUCAAAACUAGUCUGUAGAUGGCACAUCUAUCAAAGUAUUUUAACCAAAUGCAAGCCAUCAGUGCAAGACAAUAGAGUUUGGAAUGCAUUUUACCGCAUGUGGACUACGGUGAUCGAGUCUGAAAAUGAAAACGCGUACAUGAGUAGUAUGGCACGCCUUCAAGUAGUCUUACAAAAGUUUCCGGCAGUGAUGAAAUAUCUGAAAGAUGUGUGGCUGACACCAUAUAAAGAGAUGUUUGUAUCUGCCUGGACCGAUAGAUAUCUGCAUUUCGGGAACCACACAACUAAUAGGGUCGAGAGUCAGCAUGCUAAGCUGAAAAGCUAUUUGUACUCGUCACAGUCAGACUUGGAGAGAUCCAUGUUGUGGAUUCAUCAGAUUAUCUUGUCUCAGGACAUAGCUAUCAAAGCUAGCAUUGAGAGAAGUCGAACCAUCAUCCAACACCGAUUCAAUAUAUCAUACCUUCGGGAUUUAUGUGGUUUUGUUUCAAUCGAGGCUUUGAAUUUGAUGUUGAUUGAGUUUGAGCGAUCAAAAGAUGUUGGACAGAUUGCUUACAAAUGCGGAUGUCACCUUCGUAGGAGCUAUGGACUACCGUGUGCUCACGAACAAGCCAUGUACGUGAGCGAAGAACAUUUUAACCAGCAGCCAAUACAUGUAAAAGUUAGUUGGCUAAGGAAAUUGAGGGAAAUAUUCAGACCUUCAACAACUUCUCUUCGUGAACCGGCUGUGAAGACCAACACUAGAAGGCGUCCAUCCACAAAGAAAAAGAUUACUGGUGGCCCCUUUCGAAUAUUCUUUGAUUGUAGAUUCGAACAGCAAGAAUUACUCAUCCACAAUAGGAGUUGCAUCUCAAACCCAGAAUCUUGUGGUUUGGCCGAAGUUCUGAUACCAUGCGAAAGGUUGAUUCCGAUUCGAAUAACAACACGUGUUUAUGAAAUAUUUACAUGUUCAGAUCCUAACCUGGAUUGGAUUUUGAAUGUACUUAAUUGA